AUGCGUGAGAUUGUACACGUUCAAGCUGGACAGUGUGGCAACCAGAUAGGCGCUAAGUUCUGGGAAGUAAUAUCGGACGAACAUGGCAUCGACCCAACUGGAACUUACCAUGGGGAUUCUGAUCUGCAGCUUGAACGCAUUAACGUUUAUUACAACGAAGCGACCGGAGGGAAAUAUGUUCCAAGAGCCAUUCUUGUUGACUUAGAGCCUGGUACUAUGGAUAGUGUUCGAGCUGGACCUUUCGGUCAGCUUUUCCGUCCAGACAAUUUUGUUUUCGGACAAAGUGGUGCUGGUAACAACUGGGCUAAAGGACAUUAUACUGAGGGAGCUGAACUUGUUGAUUCAGUGUUGGAUGUUGUUCGGAAGGAAGCUGAGUCUUGCGAUUGCCUUCAAGGCUUUCAACUGACGCACUCCCUUGGCGGUGGGACUGGGUCAGGAAUGGGAACGCUCAUGAUUUCCAAAGUGAGAGAAGAAUAUGCAGACCGAAUUAUGAACACAUUUUCUGUGGUUCCUUCUCCCAAGGUGUCUGAUACGGUUGUGGAACCAUACAAUGCCACACUUUCCGUCCACCAAUUGGUUGAAAACACCGAUGAGACCUAUUGUAUUGAUAAUGAAGCCCUCUACGAUAUCUGCUUCCGUACUCUUAAAUUGCAGACACCGACUUAUGGUGACUUGAACCACCUGGUCAGUGCAACAAUGUCAGGUGUUACUACCUGCCUUCGCUUUCCUGGUCAGCUUAAUGCAGAUCUCCGCAAGCUAGCUGUUAACAUGGUUCCAUUUCCUCGUCUUCACUUUUUUAUGCCUGGUUUCGCUCCACUCACAAGUCGUGGUAGUCAGCAAUAUCGCGCACUUACUGUUCCAGAGCUGACGCAGCAAAUGUUUGAUGCAAAGAACAUGAUGGCAGCUUGUGAUCCUAGACACGGACGUUACCUAACUGUUGCUGCAAUCUUUCGUGGCCGUAUGUCAAUGAAGGAGGUCGAUGAACAAAUGCUGAAUGUGCAAAACAAAAAUUCAAGCUACUUUGUUGAGUGGAUACCAAACAAUGUCAAGACCGCCGUUUGUGACAUUCCACCUCGUGGUUUGAAAAUGGCUGCAACUUUCAUUGGCAACAGUACAGCUAUACAGGAACUCUUCCGACGCAUAAGUGAGCAGUUCACUGCUAUGUUCCGCAGGAAAGCAUUUUUGCAUUGGUACACAGGUGAAGGUAUGGAUGAAAUGGAGUUCACUGAAGCCGAGUCAAACAUGAAUGAUUUAGUGAGCGAAUAUCAACAAUACCAAGAAGCUACUGCCGAGGAGGAGGGAGAAUUUGAUGAAGAAGAAGAGGAAGCAUAA